AAGAAAGCUACAGUAAACGCAGAUCCUGGAUUAAGCAACACAUACAAUCAAGCUUUAGCUGAAAAGCAGCUCAAUUUACUGUACUUUUUUAUUCUGAUAUUACUGUUAUGUUUUUUAUUUUUUAUUGUAUAAUUAUCAUCUGACAGCAGCAGGAAGGACUGUUGGAUAUUUACUAAGAAGAGAAGAAGACGCAACUGGAAUAAUCUUAUAUUAUAAACUUCGUGUUUUUUGUUCUUUUGUUAUACAUAUAUUUUUGUUUAUUCUUAGAUCCAUUAACACUGAACAUUUUCUACUGAGUGACUUCUUCCCUUUUGAAAUUUUUUAUCUUCCCCGUUUUUCCCUCCCGCUUCCAAACCCUUGUCUGUGUGUUUAACAAUAUCACACCUCCGCUAAACCCUUCCUUCUCUGACCCCAUCCAACACCCCCUGUAAGAUCUUGCAGCGUUAUCUGUUGGCCAGCAGAGAAAGUUCACUGUAUGAAGAUCUGCACGGAGUUCUGCUUCAGGGUGUUUCUGUGUGAAAAUAAGGAUCACUGGUAUCGAGAAGCCACAGCCAGCAUGAAUAUGAACAUGAGCAUGCCGAUAAAUAUAAACAUGAAGGAGGGGAAUGUGUCCGACGGGGGACUCAAUGUCACAUUGACUAUCCGGCUACUAAUGCAUGGAAAGGAAGUCGGAAGCAUUAUUGGAAAAAAAGGGGAAACAGUUAAAAAGAUGAGAGAAGAGAGUGGUGCUCGAAUCAACAUUUCAGAAGGAUCCUGCCCAGAGAGGAUUGUCACAAUUACCGGCCCCACAGAUGCCAUUUUCAAAGCCUUUUCCAUGAUUGCACUUAAGUUUGAAGAGGACAUAAAUGCUUCAAUGACAAACAGUACAGUGACAAGUAAACCGCCUGUGACGCUGAGAUUGGUGGUUCCUGGAAGCCAGUGUGGCUCAUUAAUAGGAAAAGGAGGGUCCAAGAUCAAGGAAAUUAGAGAGACCACAGGCGCUCAGGUACAAGUAGCAGGGGACAUGCUGCCAAACUCCACAGAGAGAGCUGUAACUAUCUCAGGCACUCCAGACGCCAUCAUCCAGUGCGUAAAGCAGAUAUGUGUGGUGAUGCUAGAGUCCCCACCCAAAGGUGCCACUAUCCCUUACCGCCCCAAAUCUGCCUCUGCACCCAUCAUAUUCGCGGGUGGCCAGGUCAGAGCAGACACCAUCUUGGCUUCAGGAGGAAACCACACCAUCCUGGCACAGCCACAACAAGCACCUGAUAUACCUGUCCUCUGGUCAGCCUGCCCCAAGACCUUUGCAAUCCAGGGACAGUAUGCCAUUCAUCCAGACUUGACCAAGCUUCACCAGUUGGCUAUGCAGCAUUCCCCCUUUACUCCCCUUGGGCAGACCAACCCUGGUUUCCCUGGUCUUGAUGCCACAACUCCUACCAGUUCCCACGAGCUCUCAAUUCCAAAUGAUUUAAUAGGCUGCAUUAUUGGCAGACAAGGAAGCAAGAUCAAUGAAAUCAGGCAGAUGUCAGGGGCACAGAUCAAGAUCGCCAAUGCCAUAGAAGGUUCAGCAGAGCGACAGGUCACAAUCACAGGAUCCCCUGCAAACAUCAGUUUAGCACAGUACCUCAUCAAUGCAAGCUUAGAGAUGGCUAAAAUCAGCACCCAGACUGCUUCGGUCACGAACCCUGUUGACCUCAACAUGAACCUCUCUCAGUCUGCCACCCCUACCUCCACUCCCACCUCAAUGGCUGUUCUGGCAGCGGCGGCCGCUGCUUCCGCCGCGGUCAACGUCAAUUCCCCUCCUCCCUUACCAACCACCCACUAUGCUGUUCCUGUCUCCAGUCUGCUUGGCAUGAAAACUGUCCCAUUCCUGGCGCUAAACGCCGCGGCCGCAGUGGGGGCCACGGGGAGUUUAUCUGCUUAUACCACUAAAAUCCCAUCCACCAGCGGGGUUAAGAAAUCCGACCGACAGAAGUUUGCUCCGUAUUGAGAAGGGAUGAGAGAAUGCAAGUCCCCCCACUCCCCCUCAUGCUUUCAACCAAGAUUCUAUGGCUCUCUUCAGAAGUCACUGGCCUGGGGGCACUGUAAUGCUUCCCAUCAUGCAGUAAUGCAUUAGUCACCUGACAGGACAUUUCCAAAGGCCUUUUGUGACAAUGAUUCUUAUGGACUGUAAACUACAGAGGAACUCCUGCCAUUUAUAUUUUAAAGAAAUCUUUCUAUAAUACUAGAAAAAAAAAAUACUCUAAUAAUUUAACCAUUGUGCUUCCUAACUCAUGUGUUGCUCUCAUUACUGUACCAUUUUAACAUUGUUUGUGGCUCAGACCUGGUUAAACAAAGAUUCUUGUUUAAUUUUCGUUUCUUCUGUUUAGUUGAUGUUCAUGCUCAGGCUUGUCUAUGUAAAGGCAUGAGCUCUCAGUGUUUCAAUUCAUUGUAUUCAAAUAUAUCUACUUUACUGAGGUAAAUUAAAUAAUGAUAGCUUUUUAUAAGUAAAGGAUUACUGAUGAAAUGUUUGCAGUCUCCUUCCUUUCUUUGUUUUUGUUAAUGUCAACAUUAAAGUCUUAUUUAUUAUGUUACAUUUAUAUAGACAUGUACACCCAGGAAAACUCCUUGAGCUGCAGUUGACGCUAUGGAGGAAUACCAACACAACUUUGUAUCUAAUCUGUAUUGUUAUUUGUAAUUUAAUAAGUUUCAGGGAUCUUUCAGGUACUCGUACAGCUGUGCUGUAAAAAUUGAUGAGCCUAAUAAAUCAUAAACCAGUGUUAUGUACCUCACUUUGAAGGUGUUAGUCAUUUUUGUUUCUCCCAGUUGCAUCAAAACAUAUUUUAAAUUUGAACAUGUAUAAAAAAAUGCAGUACAACCGGUGUUAAAACCAAUGGAAAAAAGGCCAUAUUUACUGUAGUGCAACAUUUGCAACAAAUUAUAAUAAAUUAUUCCAUAAACCUUACUAUUUUUCUGAGGUCUUACAGGUUCAGUCUUGAAGAGGCAUUUGUUUUGGUAAAUACACUGCUGUCCACCUUAUUAGGCCCUCACCUGUACCUAAUAUUGGGCUGGGCCACUGUUUGCCUUAACUAUAGACUUUAUAUGACAUGGCACAGAUUCCAUAAGGUGCUGGAAGGUGUCUUGAUGGAUUCAAUCAUUUCAUGGAAUUGGUGCAGAGAGUUAGUCAGAGGAUCAUUAUGACACAUUAUUUGUUUACGGUAAUAUCAAACAUGCUCAACUGGCUUGAGAUCCAGAGAUUUGGUGGCCGCGAAAGAUGAGCCUUGUCUCUGUCAUGUUCCUUAGACCUGUUUUUGCACGCAAUUCAGACACAUGGAUGGGUGCAUUACCAUCUUGAAAGUAACCAUCACCAUCAGGGAACAAGUGCAGCAUUGUGGGGGAGACUUAAUCUGCAAUUAAGUCAAAUAAAUUCAUCAAGCCUUCCUGAGUAACCAAGGGAUCCAGGCUAUACCAGAAGAACACACCCCACACCAGGGCAUGCCAGAGCCAGUCUGGUUGAUAGGUCCUAAAAAUGUGGCUAGGCAUUGUAUGUAUUUUGAAUAUAAAUAUCUUUGGUGCCAUUCUUUUUAACAGGAUGCUCUCAAUUUGCAGGCCUUCCAGGUAGUCUGUCACACAGUUCCUAGGUUAGAGAGAAAGCAGCGUCAGUGGCUGCAAAGCAUGUCAGUCAUUAGGGGAAGAAGCUGGUUGUUUUCUGACAGAAAAGAGGGCACUUCCUCCUCUAAUUGUUUCUUUUAGAUCUUUGAGGUCCUUCUCCCAACAGAGCUGGAGUACAUUAUCCAGAUUAUCCUGGGAAGGCAUUGUUGAGGUGAAUGGACCUCAGAAGUACAAGUAUAUCACCUGAAGGGCUUCUUCUAAAGAGUCAAGCAGGCAGGAAACUAAAACUUGUCAGCCGACAAAAGGUUCAGGUAACAAACUGAGCUAAAAAAGAUAUUACAAAAUGUCUGUGAUGGAAACCAUUAUGAUGAAGAAACACAAAAGUGCAGUACUGUAAUAUGAUGACCCUCUAUUGUUAAUGUGAUUUUUUUCAAACCAGAAACAUGGGGAUGCCAAAGACAAAGCCUAUCCCUUGCAGGUGUCUAUCAGGAGGGGGCGCUGUAGCAUAGUGAGCUGUCCCUAACAAUUUUUUGCUUCCGUAACACCAUGGAGCAGCAAAAUCUUUUCUGUACUUCAAUAAAGGUUGAGAGUCUGGGAUAAAAUGGCAUGUUUUGCUAGUUGAGAAACCUUUGGUUUUAUUAGCUUCUCUCGUUAUAUAAGGCAUUUCAGUGGGUAUCAUGCUUUCUUUGUUGGGGCUAAUUAUAAUUAAAGAGAAGAGCCUUGAACUUCAAAGAAUCCAUCCUAUGAGAUUUAGUUCUUGUAUGCAAUUCAAGUCAAGGGCGCCUCAUUAAAUUGGUAAUAACCAAGCUUUUUAAAAAUGUCCUUACCUCUCAUUAACAUAACAUCACUUACACAAGCCCUUUAUUGUUUUGUUGCUCAUCUGUUUUGUUUUCCAUACACUAUUUAUUUCCCUUUGUCUGGGGUGAAAAAACAUUGUUUCUUGCCACAACAAUUUAAGCUUGAAUGUUGUAUUUCCUGUGUUAAAAAUAUGUGGGCUCCAGCUGACCCGUGAAGCGUUCUGCAUAUAUAAAUCUAUGCACGGUCUGUUGGGGUCCUUUUACCUGUAACACAGGAAGUGAAUGUGGGGAGGAAACCACAAACUGCUACCAUGAUAAUGGUGGGCAAAAUAAAGUCUGGGUACAACAUGAUAUACAGUACAGGAAAAAAAGAAAGUAUUUGUGAGCAUGAUGUGAGCAUUAGUAGCAUCAGCACUGGUCCCGUGAAUUUCUUGUGUUAAAAACCUAUUGAAAUGAAAUUGUUUCUUCUUGGUAUCUAAUCACUUCAGGAGUAGUAAAUGACCUGUUUGCACAGGAAGUGAUUCAACAAAAGAAAGGGGAGACAGCGAUAAUUGUGGUAAUCAUAAUAGAAGCAUUGAUAAAGAGAGGAAAUGACACAGAAAUGUGUAAAAGUAUACUUGGAUUUUACCUUUUAAUGUUUUUGAAGAAAAGUUACCUGGGUCAUCCUUUAUUUUAAAGGUCACCUACCAACUAUUAACAACCCGAUAAUAAACAUGUUGAUAUGCUUUAUUUAUUUUCCUGUUAAUUGUUACUUAAUAUAUUAUAAUGCUGGAUGCACCUGCACCCGGUAGCCUAGAUGAGUACUGACUAAAUGAAGAUGGACUUCACACAGACCACAAAGUAUGGGGGCAGAACAAUGAUUUAUUUAACAAAAUGUAGAAGUAUGGGGAAAGGGUAAGAUAGGGAGUAUAAAAGAACAGUGUAUUUAUUAACAACACAAAUUAUAAAUUAAAAUGAGAAUAUUGAAAUAACUCAGUGUGACAGGCUGACCGGGGUAAGGAGACUCAGAGUUAGGAUGUGCAGGGAAAAUAAAAGACUUUUAAUUAAACAAAAUACACAAAACAAAAGGCACAAUGGCCAACCAAAAAGACAAACACAAAAACAGGCUUUAAACAAACUAUACCAACAACGUGGCCUAAAUGGCCACCUCCCCCCUUAAAGUCCCAAAAUCGUCUCUUCUGGUGCUGGGGAGAGGGCAGAGGCUUCCCCUGGCCCACAAGCAGUCUGGUGGUCCCAAGCAAAGAUAGUCCGGCAGCCCAGGGCCAUAACAGCAGACCCCCGGGAGGCGACGGCGGCAGAGGACCCUCGGGAGGGGAGCCCCUGGCCAUGAAGGCGGCAGCGGGAGCUCCACUUCUCCCUUGUACUUUGUAACUGUUGGCUCCCCAGGCGAAGCAGGACCCUCGGCAUCCCCAGGCGAAGCAGGACAGGCAGCAACCCUAGGAGAAACAAAAGCAGUGCAGCAGGCAACCCUAGGCGAUGCGGAGCAGCAGGCAACCCCAGGCGAUCCAGACGUGGUAUCCCUGAGCGGAGUGGCUGUGGCAUCCUUGGGCGGUGCGAGGCAGGCAUCCUUGGGUGGUGUGAGGCAGGCAUCCUUGGGCGGUGCGAGGCAGGCAUCCUUGGCCAACAGUGCAGGAACCUCCGGCCAGGGUGGCAGCGGCCAGAGUUCCUCUUCCCUGUUGGCAACAGGAGGUAGAGCCCGCUCCAGCUCCUCUGAUGGCGGAAGCGGGAACAGCAGCUUGUCUCUCUCUGGUGGCGGAGGCGGAAACAGCAGCUCGUCUCCCUCUGGUGGCGGAGGUGAGAACAGCAGCUUGUCUCCCUCUGGUGGCGGAGGCGGGAACAGCAGUCAGUCUCCCUCUGGUGGCGCUGCCGGCUCCUCCGACAGCGGGCUUAGAGCUGGUGGUGCUGCCGGCUCCUCCGACAGCGGGGUUAGAGCUGGUGGCGCUGCCGGCUCCUCCGACAGAGGGGUUAGAGCUGGUGGCGGGCGUCUCCGCUGGGCUCCCUUCAGCAGCAAAAACAGCGGCUGCUGUGGAGCCUGAGCUUCACGCCCCCCCCCCCCCAAAAAAAAAUUGGGGUUUGGGCCUUCAGCUUCUCCCCUCCGGACACAGGACGCACUGGCUCCUCCCCUCUGGACACAGGACGCACUGGCUCCUCCCCUCCAGACACAGGACGCACUGGCUCCUCCCCUCUGGACACAGGACGCACUGGCUCCUCCCCUCCGGACACAGGACGCACUGGCUCCUCCCCUCCGGACACAGGACGCACUGGCUCCUCCCCUCCAGACACAGGACACACUGGCUCCUCCCCUCCGGACACAGGACACACUGGCUCCUCCCCUUCCGGCUCUUGCAGCGGCAGCUCCUCCUCCUCAUACUGGGUGGGACAGAUGGCCACCGUGUGCCCCUAUGCCCCACAGCCGGGGCACAACUCUGCGACGAGCCCUUUUAAAAACAGCUCCCAGUUGUCAUCUGCCUCCUCCUGGGCCAGCUCCAUUUUCUUUUUUU